ACGGCCUCCGCAGAUCCUGAAGCUUCUUCUAGGUUCCGUCCGUCCGUGCCGACACCAGAACCGAUCUCGGACAGGAUACGAGCCACGUGGACGCCCCACCGCGAGGCCCCACCAUCGCCGCCAAGUCGAAGCUGAGCUCCCAAUCAUGGGAAGUGCUUACUGCUUGAAACUCACGUUGAAAGCUUGAUGGCUGCGAGGACUUUCGGGUAAGCCCCCGACCUGCAGCUUUUUUGACUCGCGACGCCUGAACUGCUCCUCUUCACUUCGCGUGCCGAAAGCCCUCGAGACCAUCCUGGGUUCUUCCGCUCGUCGUCUUGACCUGCGGACGAAGUUGGAGCCGGAAAUGGAGAGUGCUUCAGGGCCGUCGACGAUCAGGGUCCCGGAGGUGCCGCUCGGCUCAGCCGCCGCGGGGAGCCGCCCGAUGCCAGUCAUCGGCCUGGGCACGGCGGCGGACCCCCUCGACGCGGCGGCGAUGAAGGCGGCGGUGCUGGAGGCGAUCAAGCUCGGGUACAGGCACUUCGACACGGCUUCCUUGUACGGGUCGGAGGAGCCGCUCGGGGAAGUCCUGGCCGAAGCGCUCGGGCUCGGGCUCGUCGGCUCGAGGGCCGAGCUCUUCGUCACCUCAAAGCUCUGGAGCAGCGACGCCCACGCGGAUCUCGUCGUGCCUGCGCUCAGGAAGUCGCUGAGCAAUCUGCAAUUGGAUUACCUUGACCUCUAUCUCAUCCACUGGCCAAUCAGCUGUAAGCCAGGGUUGUACGGGUUCCCAGAGGACAAAUCUGACCUCAUGCCAAUGGAUUUUGAGGCAGUCUGGGCAGCCAUGGAAGAAUGCCAGAGGUUAGGUCUCACAAAGUCCAUCGGAGUAAGCAACUUCUCUUGCAAGAAACUUGGAAACAUCCUCAGCUUCGCCAAGAUCCCUCCAACAGUAAAUCAGGUGGAAAUGAACCCUCUCUGGCAGCAGAAGAAGCUGAGAGAGUUCUGUAAAGCGAAUAACGUUGUCAUUACCGCUUUCUCUCCCUUAGGAGCUCGAGGAACAUGUUGGGGGACGAAUGAAGUCAUGGAGAAUGAAUCUCUGAAAGAGAUUGCAAGGGCUCGGGGAAAGAGCAUUGCCCAGGUAUGUCUGAGAUGGCUAUAUGAGCGAGGAGUCACUUUUGUGGUGAAGAGCUUCAAUAAGGAGAGGUUGAAUGAAAACCUGAACAUCUUUGACUGGGAACUGACGGAGGGCGACCAUGAGAAGAUAGAGCGGAUCCCGCAGAAGAGAAUGAUGCUCAAGGAAGAGUUUGUCUCAGCCAAAGGGCCAUUCAAAUCUGUGGAAGAGCUUUGGGAUGGAGAGCUCUGAAGCUUGGAAUGAAAUGGCAUUCUUUCAGAGAGAUGAUCACUCUAAUGUUUGAGGGUGGCUGUAGUAGCAGAUAGAUAGAUGUAUUGGGCCAGCUUGAAAGGAGUGUGAGACAUGGGCUUGAGCCUGUGUCCCACAUAUUUGGUACUGUUCAGUGUUUUUUCUUGGUAUGGAUUGUGGAAUUUGUAGAACAGGCACAGGUCGUGUUGUGUAAGACCUCUUGGACACACUAUGCUAAUCGCGUAAUGUGGGCAUGAUUAAAUUAAGGUAAUCCCUCUUUGUUGUCUUUCA